UCCUUAAGUCUGACGUCACGUUGCCAUGACACCAAAAUUUUCUGUUCUAAACAAACUGUCGUGACGAGUCGCCAUUAGCAUCGAGCCAUUGUUUUGAAGAAUUAACCUAGGAUUUCAUAUUUAAAACUUCUAUUCAAGUCAAAAUAAGGGCCCAAUUAAAGCAACCGGGCUGUAUUGUUUUACAAGAUUUUAUAAUUAUACCGAUCGGUUUGAUAUAAUUCGACUUUUAACGUUAAAAAGUUGGCGUUACGAAUACUCCGCGGGUCAACAUGGUUCAGUGCUUUGCACCAGAUUGUAGACAUACUUCUGAGAGCCAUACAUGUAGAUUUUUUGGAUUUCCAAGUCAAAAAAAGAAAAAAGAAGACUACACGAGGUGGAUUAAACUAUUAAGGCGGGCUGAUAAACUUCCUGGAAAUCACUCUCGAGUAUGCAGCUGCCAUUUCAGAGACGGGUUGAAAGAAAACGGUCCAGAGAUCUUUCAAAGGAACAAGAGAACUAUGUUUCCACCAGACGACUACUCCGAGAAGAGGAAGGAGGCCGCGGCAAAGAGAAAACGAAGUAGCGGUGCGAGCAAUAACCCAGUGGAGUCAGUGGAAGAAAUGGUUCAGCAAUAUCGAGAGCAGGAAAGGAAAGCCGAAGAAAAUGAAAUGUCAGCGAUAAACAGAAAACCGGUAGCUCAAAUUGUGUUGGAAGCUGAAUUACAGAGCAAGAGUAAAGAGCUUGAAGUGUACAAAGAAAAAGCGGCCUACCACCGCAGUCACUAUAGUGCGUCCACAUUAAGUGAAGAAGUUAUUCGAAUGGAGACUGGACUACCAACGAGAGAAGUUUUCAAUAUUGUUGUGCUUUAUGCCUUACGAUUCAAGGAUUCAAUUCGUUACUAUUAUGGUUGGGUAGUGAACUUGGUAACUUUUGAAGAUCAGAUAUUUAUUACUUUGAUGAAAGCUAGACAAAAUUAUACUAAUUUGCACCUUGCUCAGUUAUUUUCUUGUAGUGUUGCCACUAUAGCUAAUAUUGUUUCUACAUUUAUCCAUGUGYUACAUUAUAUUCUUUUUCAUGAUUUAAUGACUACCAUUCCCAUUGACUGCACAGAUGUUGAAAUUGCCACUCCUGGGUUAAUGAGUCACCAAAAUGUAACUUACUCUACCUAUAGGGGAAUGAAUUCUUUUAAAGUUUURAUAGGUGUCGCCCCAAAUGCAGUAAUUACUUAUGUAAGUAAGCUUUUUCCUGGGUCUAUUUCAGACAAGGCUAUUGUAGAAAAGUCUGGGUUCCUAAAACAACUAGAAGCAGGUGAUUUAGUACUAGCAGAUAAAGGUUUUCUUAUUCAAGAUGUUGUACCAAAUGGUGUAUCUGUUAAUAUUCCUCCAUUUUUAAACAAUGGAAAAUUUACUGAGAGUGAGGCUAGAGUGCUGAAGAAACGCAUGAGACCUGUCGACGCUCACAGCACRGCAAGCCAUCGCAGAUACAUUUUCCAGCAUCCGUCCUUCGGGCACACCUGA